AUGGGCUGUUUGCAUCCAGAAACAGAAUCGCCAAAAUCAUCAGGAAAAACUUCCAAAACCAGUGUGACAAAUUACAUGACUCAGGCUUAUCCUCAAAACAUGCCCUUUUGGAUGAAAGCAUUCCAUAAAGUAGGUAUUGAGAACGUGAACUUCUUCGGUAAAGUCAUGGUUAAUCUUCAAGAGAUCAACGGUUUAAAAGAAAAGGUGGUCGAGCUGGAAAGAGAGUUGCAAAAACAAGUAGAAUUAAAGGAGACAUAUCAUUACAAAGCCAUGAAUCUUGAGAGAGAUAUUAGAAAUCUGCAGAACAUUGCCCAAGAGAACGGUUUUAUUCAUCUGAUUGCAGGAAAGCCAUCAAUUGAAGAUCCCCAUGAAAGCAUAGAAGAAUCAGAAACGGAGCAGAUUCCCACUUCUCCAACAUCUUGCUUGCUCUCUCUGCAUCAACAGGCUAUACAAGAGGGCUGGCAUAUUAACGAGCAUGAGAUAGAGCUGCACGAGCAGAUUGGAAAAGGGUCAACAUCCGAUAUAUUCAGAGGGACAUGGAGAGGUUUAGAUGUUGCAGUAAAGUGCAUACGGCCUGAGUUUUUCGAGAUGCACGAGGAAGCAAUUGAUUGGUUUUGCCAAGAAGUAGAAAUUAUUAUAAGGCAAAGACAUCCAUAUGUGCUUCAACUUAUAGGAGCAUGCCUCUCUCCUCCCAUGACAGCAUGGCUAGUCACAGAGUUACUAGGUUCACAAACAUUAAGAGAGUGGCUUUAUGGUCAUAAGGACCGCCAAAACCAAAGAACCAAACCUCUUCCACCUUUAUCUGAUCGACUACAAAUUGCAUUGGAGAUAUCUCAAGGAAUGCAGUAUCUCCAUGGACAAAAACCUAAGGUUUUACAUCGUGACUUAAAGCUUAGUAACAUAUUCUUGGAUGAUAACCACCAUGUUAAACUUGGAGAUUUUGGUCAUGCUCGCUUUCUAGUAGAUGGUGAACUUGCUCUCACUGGGGAAACAGGAACAUAUGUCUACAUGGCUCCAGAGGUUAUAAAGUCUCAACCAUAUGAUGAGAAGUCUGAUGUUUACAGUUAUGCCAUAAUUCUUAAUGAGUUGGUGACAGGACUACCACCUUAUAUUAAUUCCAACUAUCCUCCCCCAAAGAUAGCAUAUGAGGUUGCAGAAGGAAAUUUGAGGCCCACACUUCCAAAUGAUGAACAUAUCACAAAUGAUGCUCUAAUCAAUCUAAUAUGUUGUUCCUGGGAUACAAAUCCUUCGAAGAGGCCUACAUUUGAGAGCAUAACAUACACUAUGAAGAAAAUAAAAGAGGACAUCUUUGAAUGA